GUUCCUGAGCUUCGGCGGCAGCGGAGGCGGUUCCGGCGGCGGAUCCGGCAACUUCCUCUUCGACAUCAUCAGACGGCCGGCGGAGUCAGUGGCCCGCGCGGCCGGCUCGGCGUUCCGUCUGUUCGCCGGCACCGACUCGCUAAACGUGGGGCUGACUGCCUCGCACACCGCCACCCUGGACCCCAACGACCCACAACUGGUAGCGGGCUCCUCGACGUCGAGCGGCGACGCGGCGGGUGAGGGUGACGACGCCAGCGGCGCCAAGGGCGACAAUCUGACCGAGGGCGUGCCCGGCCCCAUCACGAGGCUGUUCAUCAUCGCCAACCGUGGUAUCGCCAACCUCAUCCAGGACCUGAUCCUCCGCAUCGCGCAGACCUCCGAGAGGAUAGUCAACUUCAAGGCGCGACUCAUCACCUCCAUUAUUUAAAUGUGAUUUAGAACAAUUAGUGUGGGUAGGGGGUGGUGGUGGCGGAGGCCGCCGCCGCCAGCACGCCGCGCCGGGCCGCACGGCACCGCCGGAGCACUGCCGAGGCACCGCGCGACCGCAGGCUGGGCUGUUUUACUGCAACAUAAAACAGUCGUCAGCUCCGAUGAGACCACGUGACGCGUCCGUCCGCUAC